CAAACUCCACAGUUAAAUGUCGGUCGAUGGCUACACGGUACUAUCCAGCAGAUAUCAACGAUGACCACAAGGUACGUAGUUUUGGGAUACUCGUGCACAUAUUUUGCCAACAUCGAUGAGCAGGAAAAAGCAUAAAGAUAUCGUACUCGCUUGGGAGACGGCGGCAAGCGCUGGUUCACUCGUUAAUCACGUGGUGGUAGGGGAGGUGGCACCCACAGCUCCUGACUUGCGACUCUGUACACUGCAGUAUAUAGAGACUGUCGACAUGGAUGACGAGAUUUCAAAGGCAUUCGAAACCAUUCGACUCGAGGACCCGCAUCUGGAAAUAAAAGAGCACUCGAUCCCUCCCGAAAUGGGUGCAAGAGACGAGGAUCAAAGUAUCAUACUCGCUGGGGAGACGGCCGCAAGCGUUGAUUUACACGUCAACCUCAUGGCGGGAGACGAGGCAGCGUCCACAGCUCCCAACAUGCAACGCUGCAUGUUGCAAUGUUCAGAGACUGUCGACUCCGAUGACGAGACAUUCGAGGCGAUCGAUACCAUUCGACUCGAGGACCCGCAUAUUGGAAUCAAAGAGUACCCUAUCACUCCCGACAUCGAUGAUGGGAACAAUGAUAUCGUACUCGUGGGGGAGACAGUGGCAAGCGAUGGUUCACGCGGCAACCUAGUAGUCGGAGGCGGGGUAGCUGACAUAGGACGCUGUAUGCUGCAAUGUUCAGAGAUUGACAACUCAGAUGACGAGACUUCCUCGGCGUUCGAAACUAUUCCACUCGAGGACCCACACCUGGGAAUCAGAGAACCGACAUUAAUGAGUCGGAACAAUGAUAUCAUACUCGCUGGGAAGACAGUGGCAAGCAAUGGUUCUCUUGUCAACCUCAUGGAGGGAGAUGUGGUAGCACGCACAGCUCCUGACGUGCGACGCCAUGUGCUACAAAGGUCGGAGACCGUCCACUUGGAUGACAAAACUUCCAAGGCGUUCUUACGCCUUGUGGACCCGUGUUUGAGAAUUAGAGGAUACACUAUUAUCCCUCCCCAAAUAGGUACAAGGUGCAUAGUCUUCAGAUUCUUUUGGUACCAUGUUCGUCUAAUUUGAUUGGUAGGAACAAGAUUUCAAGUAAUGUGUUAUUUCGUCGACUCGAGGACCUGCAUAUGGGAAUCACAACGUUUCUUGUCCCUCCCAACAUGUAUGCAAGUGGGAACAAGCAUACAACUAUGAUGCUCUCUUGGCGAACUGGAGUGAGCGAAAGUUUACUCGUCAACAUCUUAGCGAGAGAGAAGGUAGUGCACACAGCUCCUGACAUGCGAUAUCGUCUGCUGCAGUGUACAGAGACCAUCGACUUAGACGACGAGACUUCCGCCGAAAGCAUUCGACUUGAGGACU